AUGGCGGGAGGCCCCCUCCAUCUCUCCCUCUUCCUCUUCCUCUUCCUCUUCGUCGUCUCCUCGCCCACGCCCCCGCCAGCGGCGGCGGCCGAUAUCCUCCUCAACGGCUUCGACCCCUCCGUUCUCGCCCUCUACGGUGACGCCACCGUCGGUGCGGCGGUGGAGGGGCACCGCUCUCUCUCCCUCACCAACGCCUCCAGCUUCUCCAUCGGCCGCGCUCUCUACAGGUCUAAGGUGGCCCUCCGCCGCUCCGCCAACUCCUCCAUGGCUUUUCAGUCCUCCUUCAUCUUCUCCAUGGCGCGCGUCCCCGGCUCGGAACCAGGGCACGGCAUCGCAUUCCUCUUCUCACCAUUGCCGGGUCUCCAAGAUGCCAUACCUGCGCAGCACAUGGGCCUCUUCAGCCGUUACAGCAACGGGAACCGCACCAAUCGGGUUCUUGCCAUCGAGUUCGACGUCUUCCGGAACGAGGAGUUCUCCGACAUCGACGACAACCACGUCGGCGUCGACCUCUUCUCUCUCACCUCCGUCGUCUCCCGCAGCGCAGGGUACUGGCCGGACGGCCCUUCGUCCUCUUUCGUGAAGCUCAAGCUGAACGACGGCUCCAACUACCAGGCGUGGGUCGACUACGAGGAUGGACGGCUUAAUGUGACUAUGGCGCCGGCGGGGAAGAGGAAGCCCCUCCGGCCCCUGAUCUGGACUGAUCUGGAUCUCUCAGAGGUGUUCUUGGAUGAUAUGUAUGUAGGCUUCUGUGCCGCCACAGGGGUCCUGGUGGAACAUCAUAGGAUUCUCUCCUGGAGCUUCAGCAACCACAACUCCUCUCUCAGUGAGGCCCUGGUAACCUCCAAUCUCCCCAGUUUCCGGCCGCCGACGGAAGGCGGCGGGCUGCCGAAGGGUGUCGUCGCGGGGAUCUCGGCUGCCGGGGUUGUGGUUUUCCUGUUGGGGUCGGCGUGUCUGCUUCUCGUUUGGCGGCGGCGGAGGAAUCAGAAGAAGAUGGAGGCGGCGGAAUCCGGCGGCGGAGGAGAAGAGGCAGCGGAGGAAUGGGAGAUGGAAUACUGGCCCCAUCGCAUACCCUAUCGAGAGAUCUCCACCGCCACCGACGCCUUCUCGGAGCUGAAGCUCAUCGGCUGCGGCGGCAACGGGAAGGUGUACAGGGGAGACUUGCGGGGAGCCCAGGUGGCGGUGAAGGUGUUCGCCAGAAACUCGGAGGAGGAUUUCAGGCAGUUCGCGGCGGAGGUCUCUAGCCUCGGAAGGCUGAAGCACCGGAACCUAGUGGGCCUGCGGGGCUGGUGCAGGAGGAAGGAAGGAGGGGGGCUGAUCCUCGUCUACGACUACAUGGAGAACGGGAGCCUCGAACGGUGGAUCUUCCCCGGCGAAGGAGCGGCGAAGAAGCCGCUGGACUGGCAAACGAAGAUGAAGAUCCUCAAGGACGUGGCCGCCGGCGUACUGUACCUGCACGAAGGGUGGGAGGUGAGGGUGCUCCACCGGGACAUCAAGGCGAGCAACGUAAUGCUCGACGGCGCCAUGAACGCGCGGCUGGGGGACUUCGGGCUGGCGCGGACGCACCCGCGCGGCGGCGGCGGGCUCGGCACGAGCCGGGUGGUCGGGUCGGUGGGGUACAUGGCGCCGGAGGUGAUGCACAGUGGCAAGGCCUCCGCUGCCACUGACGUCUACGGCUUCGGGGUGCUGGUGCUGGAGGUGGUGUGCGGGAGGAGGGCGGUGGAGGAGGGGAGGGCGCCGCUGGUGGACUGGGUCUGGGGCUUGGCGGAGAAGGGGAAGAUGCUGGAGGCGGUGGACACUUCGCUGCUGGGAGCGGCCGAGCAUGAGGUCGGCUGGGUUCUGCAGCUGGGACUGAGCUGCACCAGCGUGGACCAGACGUCGAGGCCCUCCAUGUUGCAGGUCGUUAGGGCCCUGGAGGGGCCCUAUGGCGCGCCGUGGGAGAAGGAGACGGAGGAGAAGGUGGGGGCGGAGGCGGCGCUGCUCGCCCGUGGGGCGGUGGCGCCGACGACGAGGGCGUGGGGGCGGUCCAUGAGUUCGCGGCCCGGAUUGAUGACGGCCGUCAAGCAGCAGCAGAAGGUGCAGCAGCACCUCACCUUCGAGGAGUUGUGGCAGUCUGUCUCCUGCUCAACGUCGCUCUCCAGCUCUGAUGUCAUCGUGGAGGGGAGGUGA